UAAAUUUUUUCCCUUCUUUUUCAUCUCGCCAGCUCAUUUCUUCAAUCAAGGCCCAGUGUUGCACUUUUGAAGGAACACGCUGCGUCUUUGUCUCUGUACCGACCCAAAUAAUUCGCGCCAAAUUUGAGCGCGAAAAACAAGAAGAACGUGUGGUAUCCGCUCCAACAAAGAAUCAACCAUCCAUGUCGUACCUGACUCUGGACUGCACCGGCACGAUCGUCGAGGUCUCGCUUUCGACAUGCCGAAUGCUCGGAUAUGACGCUCCCGACGAACUUUGCGGCAAGCACCUCACUCACUUGUGGCCGUCCCUCGUCGCGCAAGACACGACAGAAUCUGCCGAGUCCUUGCCGCCGUCGGAUGUGCCGCUUGUUGGGGACUCGCAACCUGCAGCCGAAUCCAUUCCAUCCGACCUCAACCCUUCCGUAUCGACUCUUCGUCCAACUACCACUUCCUCACCCCUCGCGCCGUCACCACCACGAUCUGUGCCAUUGUUGGAGACGACCGUCCCUCAAAGUCCGUCGGAUGUCUCCGAUCGGCUCACGUUCGACUCUUCGCGCACACUCCAACAACUCGAUCUCGUACUCCGACAAGCACAGCACGCCACCGAUGCUUCUGCAAUGCUGCAAGAAGCGGCAUCCUUGUUGAGUAGUGGUAGUAGCCUUGAGCCUUCCACCCUCGACUCGGCCUCCGAUGCACACACCUCAAGUCUUCCAGAAGCAGAUGCUUCCCUUCGGUUGCUGCUCACGCACCGAGGCGAUUUUCUGCGGGCACGGCGCAAGCACGGCGAUCGCACUUUCACGUGUGUCACGGAUGUUGUGCUUGGGCACCCUGCCGAAACCGCUGACGAUCAUCAGCCGUCUGCUGCCCACCUACCACCACGCGUCCAACGUGCGCCUCAGCUCGACGAGGCUGCCCCGGAGCCAUCCGACCAAUGCGACUUUGAUUGGGAGGCAAACGAGUGCGAUGAACACGCUGAACCCAGCUCCGAUACAACAGCUGAGGCGUCCGAACAAUCCAAGCCAGAAUACCCUCACGCGCACAUCCGCAAACGCAGCUUGAUUGAUCUUGAGGCUCAAUCGCAAUACUGCCACAACCACCAUUCACACAACCACCACCACAACAGCAACAAUCAUACCCGCACGCGGAAACACCAGUCUCCUGCUGAAAAGAAGCACGCUCAUGCCGUCCACGUUGCGCAACAGCAUCACCUCCAUGUGCGUCAGCACCAGCAACAGCGUGCUGCAGCCAGUCGCCGCCAAACCCACCGCCUUGUCACACUGUUCCUUGCGCCGGCGGCCGACAUGGAGCGCGCCAUGCGCUUUUCGCCAUUCGUCCACAACAACUUUGCAGUCAUGCAGCUCAAUCGCUGGGGCCGAGUUGACUUUGUCCCGAGCUGCAGCACGAGCCUAUUCCUUGGACUGAACGCGCAGCAGCUGACGGGCCGCUCCUUGAUGGAGUUUAUUCCGAACGACGAGCUUUCGUACUUUUGCAACCAAAUGCAGCGCAUCUUUGCUGAGCGACACGUCAGCGAGCGAACCAUUGUGGUGACAAUGACCACCGAUGACGGCCGCCGAGUUGAGGUUGAGCUCUGGGGUGUCGCGCGCGAGGGCUAUCUCAUUUGCCUGGCUAGCGAAGCCAAGGCCACGGCGUUCGAGAGCGGCGCUCGUUUUGGCGCGGCGACCCGUGCCUCCGAAGUCCGACAUGAAGCAAGUGCAGCAAGUGCGUCUGCGCAGCCGCCUACAGCGCCUUCGACGACAACGACCGAGAACUCUGCGCGCCAGCACCUCAUGUCGUUUAUUGAUGUACUGUCGCGACAAAUCCAACAGCUGACCGUCCUUCUUGGCUUGGACCACGCCGCAAAGUGGCGUCUGGUGCAGGUGGUUGUCGGGCUGACGCAUCUGCUCGAGUAUGUGUGCAUGCGGGCUGUCAGCACCGUCGUGACCGUUGCCAGCCUGCUGAAGGGCACAGCGUUUGUAGCUUCGCAGUAUCUGCUGCCGCAAUACGUUUCCAAACAGCUGGCCGCCUCCAAGUGGUGGCCCCUUUGAUUCAUCCGUCCACACUGGAUGAACUUGUCUGCUUUUUAUGUAUACUAUUGUAACUACUAUUUAAUCAUUGUCCACCGA